GAGCACAAACUGGUGGCAUGAACAUACGUUGGGCGUACGUACAAAUCGUUGUCUCUGUGCAGCCCGAACUAAACCCACACGAACGUGAGUGCCACUUCUCCUGUAAUUUUCAUUGUUUUAUUCCUUGUUGCCAUGGCUAUGUAGGGCAUAGCACCCACGUCAGGCAAAUCAGGUUGUUCCCCGCCUUUCGAAGACAAAACUCAUAGCCAUGAAGUGCAUCCGCGUGACAGCGCCUGGGAAGCCCCUAGUCUUCCUUGACGAUUAUCCGAUUCCAAAAGCCCCGGAUGGCGGAGCUGUCGUAAAGAUUUCCUAUAGUGGUGUGUGCCAUACUGACGUACACUUCUGGGAAGGAGGCUACACUUUGGGCGGUGGGAAAGAACUGAAAUUUCAGGACCGGCCGGGUUUCUUGUACCCGUGUGUACCAGGACAUGAAAUAUCAGGCAUUCUUUUCUCUCUGGAUGAGAGAGCCACCAAGGACGACAGCCAGAGUGGUUUGAAGUUGGGAGAUCGCGUGGUUGUCUAUCCGUGGAUCUUCUGCAAUGCAUGCCGUCCUUGUAGAUUGGGAUACAACAUUUUCUGUGAUGGAUCUCCGCCAGUGUACAUUGGGAUGACACGAGAUGGAGGAUUCGCACAGUAUGUUGCUGUGCCUGAAGUUCGGUACGUGGUCCCUGUGUGUGCAUCCAUACCUCUGACGGUGGCUAGUCUUCUCCCCUGCAGUGGGCUAACUGCUUACCACGCCGUCGAAAAUGCCGUGGAGUUUGUGAAGAAUGUCACCGAGAUCAAAGGUUGUUGCUCUGUGAUGGUGAUUGGGGCAGGUGGGCUUGGCCAAUGGGGAAUUUGUUUUGCCCGGUCCCUGUACCCAUCAGAAACGCAAAUCAUAUGUGCAGACGUCAAGCAAAAACCACUGGACUUGGUUACAAGUAAUGUCGGUACUGUUGAGCCGUUACUCAUAGAUCAACACAAGUCCAGCGACAGCAUCAUUCAGCAAGUCAAGACGGCUUCUCGCACCGGUAGCGGCGUUGAUCUCAUAUUGGAUUUUGUCGGUUCAACUCAGACGUUCGAGGUCGCCAAGAAGUCACUGAGAAUGCGAGGUCGUUACCAUGUGAUUGGUCUUCUUGGUGGUGAGGCGCAUAUGUCGCUACCUGAAGUGGUACUGAAUGGACGCUCCAUCAUUGGCAUCAAAGUAGGCAGUCUGGUCCAGCUCAGGCGAUUGGUGGAUCUCAUGGCCAAAACGCCGUCACUCUUUGCCAACCUUCAGUACACCGUCCACCCACUGGAAGAUGGCAUCCAAGCCAUGGAAAAAGUUGCCAAAGGGCAGAUCAUUGGUCGGGCUAUUCUGAAGUGUUGCGGCGAUGAUGAAUAGCCUUGCCAGAAAUGGGAAGAGCCACAACUCUUGUCGUCACUGGUAUAAUGAAAGCGACAUUUAUUGAGUGGAACGCUGGCCAGAUCUGCCUAAUCAUAUGAGUUUCCUCAAGUCAUCUGUCUGUGAAGAACCCCUUUUCAUCUUUUGUUUAAAAUAGCAGUGAAUAAGUGUUUCUAUUCAGAGUAAACGUUUAGAGUAUCAAACAUGAUGAAUGUCUGCACAGCCUAAGAUGUGUCAUAUUUUCAAGAAAUCAUAAUCAUUGCGAAUUUAUUUCAAAAGGAUAUCAGUCUAUAAGAAAAUGGAAAACGCCUAAGGUGGGCCGAUUUAAAUCACCUUGAGUUAAAUUGUGAUUCAAUCAAAUGAUUUUUUUAAAUCACUGAGUUAAAACCAACAUAUUGAUAUUUUGGGGGAAAGGCGAAACAUUUAGUAAUUUCAAUGUUUUCCAACUGAUUUGUAAUUUUUCCAGCUUUUGUACAUUUUAAGUAGCAAAUUCACCCCGUGGGUCCUUCCCUUCCAAGUAUUUAACAUAAAUCUGAAUGUACAUGUACAUGUGUUAACACAAUCUGGGUUGGCAGGAUUUUUCAAUUCAAUUAACAUGUUUACAUUUAAAACAGCUUUAUGGAUUCAUUUUUUUUUCACUCAUUGGUUAUUAGGUACUAGUUUCUUGUCAACAAAUUCCUUUGGAACUCUGGUUUUGUUACAACUGCUGUAAAAUUUGGUACUUUACCCUUUUACCUAAAUCCCCGGAGCAGCUGUCUUCUCUGGGGGUCCAUAAGGUGCUAUAUACUGCCUGCACCUGUGACUGGACAACACUGAAUGCGGUUUUUGUUUUUCAUCAGAAUUACUUGAUUAAAUUUGUUCAAUUCAUUCCAAAUUCAUUUGUUUAUAAAAGAAAUGAAUAAAAGAAAUUAACAUACUAAAUUUGCUUUUACGCUUAUUACGCCGACUUGUCUCCGACUUGUCUUGAAAUGAAAAAUCCGAUUUUAAUAAAAACAAAA